AUGAGGAUUUUUGACCCAGUGAAAUAUUUUGUUUUAUUUUCAGACUGCACAUCAAAAUGCGAUUACAGAUGCAGCAAAGCUUCGAGGCAUAAAAUGUGCAUAAGGGCUUGCAACACUUGCUGUAAAAGAUGCAAUUGUGUGCCUCCUGGAACUUCUGGAAACACUAAUGUCUGCCCUUGCUAUGCCACCAUGACCACUCAUGGUGGCAGGCUUAAGUGCCCUUAG